AUGAUCGAGAAAGAUUCAGAUCUGGUAAAGUGUGAGUCCGACGAGUUGGGUUCGAGGUCGAGGUGGAAAGGCGGUCUUAUUCUGAAGAAAAAUCAUCAAACUCACAAGCGGCAACGCCUUGAUUGGCGGGUGGAAAAAGAGGCGCCUUACUCCAGCUUCAGAGAGUAUAAAUUUGAGAAUCAUAAGCCUGACAGCCCGACCUCACUCAGGAAUAGACACUCGAAAGGCCAUCAAGAAAGAAAAGAAAGAGUCUCUUCCCCCGGAAACUCUCCUCUCGGGCAGUAG